AUGGCAGGAUCAGCAGAUUUGAAGCUUUUGGGCACAAGGCAAAGCAUGUUCUUGCAGAGAGUGGUAUGGGCAUUGAAGCUGAAGGGUAUUGAGUAUGAGUUCAUUGAAGAAGACCUAUUCAACAAGAGUUCAAUGCAUCUCAAGUCAAACCCAGUUCAGAAAACAGUUCCUGUUCUCAUCCGUGGCCAAAAACCCAUACCCGAAUCCAAAAUCAUCCUGGAAUACAUUGAUGAAACAUGGAAGGAAAGACCCAACUUGCCACAAGAUCCUCUUAAGAGAGCUUAUAUGCGUUUUUGGGCUAAAUUUAUUGAUGAAAGGAAAAUCAUGGCAGCUGUUGGCAAUUUGAAGCUUUUAGGGACAAGGCAUAGCAUGUUUACCCAAAGAGUUGUAUGGGCAUUGAAGUUGAAGGGCAUUGAAGUUGAGUUCAUUGAAGAAGACCUUGUUAACAAGAGUUUGUUGCUUCUGGCAUUGAACCCUGUCCAUAAAAAAGUUCCAGUACUCGUUCAUGGUGGAAAACCGAUAAUUGAUUCGAAAAUCAUCCUGGAAUACAUAGAUGAAACAUGGAAGGAAAGACGUCUCUUUCCACAACAUCCUCCAGAGAGGGCUUAUGUACGUUUCUGGGCUGCGUUCAUUGAUGACAAGUUGAUGGAAGCAUCAAAGAAGGCAUUUGCUUCAACAGGAGAUGAUCAAGUGAAGGCAAUCAAAUCGACUGUCGAGGCCUUACAAUUACUUGAAGAAGAGCUUCAUGGAAAAAAAUUUUUUGGUGGAGAUCAAGAAAUUGGGUUUCUUGAUAUAGUAGCAGGAUGGAUUGCAUAUUGGUUGCAGUUUAUUGAGGAAAUUGGUGGUUUUAAGGUAAUGGAUUCAACAAGGUUUCCAUGUUUAGAUUUAUGGACCAAAAAUUUCCUACAAGUUCCGAGCAUUGAGCAAAACCUUCCCCCACCUGAUGAAUUACGCAAUGUCUUUAGUGCCAUCCGAAUGGCUAUGUGCCCCAAAUAG